CUCAUCAGUAAUUUAUCUUGUUUGUGAAAUCUUAUUAGUUUAGAUAAUAUCUCGACAUUGCAGAUACACGAUUUAUUAUGACAUAUCUACAACUUAAACAAUGUAUAUGAAGCAGAAUGGAAACAGAGAAGUUAGCAGAAUAAGAUUCUGGUAAUCAUUUGACUCGAGAAAAUGCCUCGUAGCAGUAACUUCUUAGUUGUGGCCGCGUUCGAUCUUGGGACGACCUACAGCGGCUACGCCUAUUCUUACAAGUAUGACCCAACAAAGAUAAUCACAAACAGGAACUGGUACCCGGGUGACGCAGCCUCGAAGCUUCUAACGCUGAAGACCCCCACAAGCGUUCUUCUAGACACAAAUGGUCAAUUCCAUUCGUUUGGAUUUGAAGCUGAAGAUCAUUUUGCUAUUCUCGCCGAGCAAAAUGAGAACGACGGAUGGAGAUUGUUCAGACGUUUCAAAAUGACCCUGCAUAACAAUCAGCUGAUGUCCAGACAAGCCACGGUGAAGGACAUCGGAGGCGUCGAUUAUCCGGCAAUAGACUUAUUUGCAAUGGCAAUACAAUAUCUUCACAAACAUCUAUUAGAUGCUCUUAAGCUUAAAUUAACGGGUCUAUUGGAGACGGACAUUCAGUACGUCAUCACCGUUCCAGCCAUAUGGGACAUCAGUGCAAAGCAAUUCAUGAGAGAGGGCGCAAUAAAGGCAGGUAUUGAAGGCGACAGACUCGAAUUGGCCUUCGAAUCCGAAGUUGCAGCCAUUUGGUGUACUCAUGAACUAAGCAGUGAUGCCAUCAAAUCGAGAAUGCAGUCUCCGGGGUCUAAAUACAUCGUGAUUGACCUGGGAGGUGGCACCGCGGAUAUUUCAGUCCAUCAGAUAUUGCCAAAUGGCUUCGUAAAAGCACUGUACAAAGCAACUGGUGGCGCCUGGGGUGGUACCUUUGUUGAUCAGAAUUUCAUGGAGUUUUUAGAACAAUUGCUUGGCAAAGGCGUGAUGGAGCAAUUCCGCACUGAACAACUGGGUGAUUUUUUCGAGAUGAUUAGGGACUUCGAAACGAAAAAGCGGUCGAAUUCGAUAUUUAAAAGAAUGGUUUGUCCGUUUCGAAUUCCACCAUCGUUGUCGGAAAUGGUUUCAGCUACCAACAAACACGUUUAUUAUGCAACUUAAAUUCGGAAAACUUAACAUUGAUAUUGAAGAAAUCAAACGUUGGUUUGACAAACCAAUUAAAAAUCUUAUUGAACACAUAAAAGAGCUGAUUAAAAUUGAAACGGUAAAGGAUGCCAAGACAAUAUUGUUCGUUGGCGGAUUUGCUGAAUCUAUGUAUGUCCAAGAAAGACUCACUGAAGCUCUUCCUGGUAUGAAAUUAAUAGUUCCAGAUGAUGCAGGUUUGGCAGUUCUUAAAGGUGCCGUUUUGGUCGGACAUUUUCCUGAAAAAGUAACCUCUCGAGUAAUGACUCACACGUACGGGAUUGAUAUAUAUCGGAAAUUCGAUCCGAAAACACAUGGGAACAAACGAAAGGUGAAGGUAAAGAGCGAAUGGAUGCUCGACAACUGUUUCCAGAUUUUCGUGAGGGCAAACGACGAAAUAAGUCUCGAUCACAAAUUGUCCUAUGCCAUCAUGCCGCUAGAUAGUAUUACUACUGUUCCAGUGUACAGAUCAUUAUACGAAAACCCCGAGUACACCACGGAUCCAGGCUGUGAGCUUUUGGGGACAUUAAAAAUAAGGAAUUCUGACAAGGUCUCUCUUUCAGAACAGAACGUGGUCGUUAUAUUUAUGUUUGGCCAAACCGAACUGUUUAUUAAGGUCCGUCAUGAGCCUUCAGGGGUAGAGGAGAUACUUAGCUUGGACUGUCUACAAUAACCGUAACACGUGGCAUGACAUAGCCCUCGAUUGAAUGACCGAAAUUCUUGCAGCGGUUUUUGCUCCACUAUGGUUAACGGUACACACUGCAUUCAAAAUUGCUUCUAGAUCUGGAAAGUUUCCUAGUGUGUGUAUCUUUUUGCAUUAAUGUCUCGAAAUAAAAUUAACUUAUUAAAAUCCCCUCUCCGAAAAAAAGUAAAAAGAUAAUAUCUAUCUAUAAUUGAAUCAAUAGUACCGCUAAUCAUACUAAAUUAUCUUUAGUAACGGUUUUACAUAACGACGAAGACUUACCGCACGUUCUGUGAUGGAUACAUUUCAAAUCUGUGCGCAGUUCCGGCGAUUCAAGACAAGACAAGCGUUUUAUUCAAAAUAAUUACAUAGUAAAUUAUAAAGAAAAUCAUACGCUUUAAUAUAAUAAGAGUUUACUA